AUUUAGGACGCUUUCAUGGAUUGUGAAGUGCAUGCUGCCCUUUUUGUUCAUAGAGUUGUCGGAUUGCCCAAGGGGUUGUAUUUUUUGGUGAGAAAUGAAGAGCAUUUGGAUGAUUUAAGGAAAUCUACAAGGUCUGAAUUUAAGUGGACCAAACCAGAUGGUUGUCCGGAUGAGCUUCCUUUGUAUGAACUCGCAAAGGGUGACUGUCGGGAGCUAUCAAAACGCCUAUCCUGUCAUCAGGACAUUGCCAGUGAUGGUUGCUUCAGUCUGGGUAUGGUGGCUCAUUUGGAGCCUACCUUGCAUGAAAAAGGUUCAUGGAUGUAUCCUCGGUUAUUUUGGGAGACGGGGGUCCUUGGCCAGGUCUUGUACCUUGAAGCCCAUGCAGUUGGGAUCUCUGCUACUGGAAUUGGUUGCUUUUUUGAUGACCCUGUACAUGAAGUUCUUGGGUACGAGGAUCGAAGUAUCAAAGCCUUUAUCAUUUUACAGUUGGAGGCCCAGUUAUUGACAAGCGAAGCAGAUUGCAAUGAAACAAAUAAUGAGAAAGAUACUUCCUUGUACUUUGAUACUUUAGAAGGGUUCGAAAGUCCACCUGAUGCUUGGAGCUCGCAUUGA